UUGGGAAGUUGGCUGGCUCUCAAGGCAGUCUCGUUCUCUCUCUCUCUCUCUCUCUCACUCCCUCUCUCUCUCUCUCUCCUCAAAGGCUGUUCCACAGUGAAAAUAUGCUCAGUGCAGCUGAGUGCAUGAAGGAAAAAGCCUCCGGUGUCUUUUAGGCGAGCAAAAUGCAGCACAGCGCGCAACUUCCCUUGGCCUUCCUCCUGUCCCAGGUGCUGCUGCUUGCGUCCACAGAAGAGUUAGAAUGCAUCCCCGGAUUCCAACAAAAGGUUUUUCAUAUUGAACAUCCGUCUGCAUUCACGGCGGGCCAGGCAAUUCUGAAUUUGAUAUUUGACGACUGCCAAGGAAAUCACAGAUUGAACUUCAAAGUUUCCAACCCAGACUUCAAAGUGGAACCCGACGGGGCUUUAGUUGCAUUGAGAAAUUUAUCAGAAGCCGGCACAGCCUUAUUUAUCCACGCCCGGUCAGCGCGCGCCGAAGAUACGGCAGAGGUAUUGAUUGUCGGCAGAAAAGAGAAACACGCUUCUUUAAAGGAAAUCUUUAAGGGGGAAGGCAGCCUCGGAAUUAUAAGGCAAAGAAGGUCCAUUGUGGCAACUCCAAUCUUAAUUCCUGAAAAUCAAAGAUCUCCAUUUCCAAGACCUGUGGGCAGGGUUGUAGACAAUGACAAACCAGAAGGCUCCAAAUUCCGGAUUUUCGGGAAAGGGGUGGAACAGGACCCAAAGGGAGUUUUCAAAAUUGUGGAGAGCACUGGAGAAGUCCUGGUGACGCGGUCCCUCGACAGGGAAGCCAUUGCCACCUACCAGCUCCAGGUGGAGAUCACGGACGGCAGCGGGAAAAGCAUCGAAGGCCCCGUCCCUCUCGACAUUAUCAUCAUCGACCAGAACGACAACCGGCCACUUUUUCGGGAAGGGCCCUACAUCGGGCACGUCAUGGAGGGGUCUCCUACAGGAAGCACAGUGAUGCGCGUGACUGCCUUCGAUGCCGAUGACCCUUCCACGGAUAAUGCUCUUCUGAGGUACAAUAUCCUCAAGCAGACACCAGACAAGCCAUCCCCAAACAUGUUCUACAUUGACCCGGAGAAAGGAGACAUUGUCACUGUUGUGUCGCCUGCCAUGUUGGACCGCGAAACAUUGGAAAAUCCUAAGUAUGAGCUCAUCAUAGAAGCCAAGGACAUGGGAGGCAUGGACGUGGGAUUAACAGGCACCGCAACGGCCACGAUUGUGGUGGAUGACAAGAAUGACCACGCACCAGAAUUUACCAAGAAAGAGUUCCAAGCCACGGUGAAGGAAGGCAGCACGGGCGUCAUCGUGAAUUUAACCGUCGAAGACCGAGACGACCCGGCGACGGGAGCGUGGAGAGCGGUCUACACCAUCAUCAACGGGAAUCCCGGACAGAGCUUUGAAAUCCACACCAACCCCAAGAACAACGAGGGGAUGCUGUCCGUGGUCAAGCCUUUGGACUAUGAAAUUUCUGCUUUCCACACGCUGCUGAUCAAAGUAGAAAAUGAAGAUCCAUUGGUUCCAGACAUCGCCUACGACACCAGCUCGACGGCAACGGUUCAGAUCACCGUUCUGGAUGUCAACGAGGGCCCCGUCUUCCACCCGGACCCCAUGACGGUCACAAAACAAGAAAACAUCCCGAUCGGAAGUGUUGUGUUAACAGUCAAUGCGACAGACCCCGACACUUUGCAGCAUCAGACUAUAAGGUAUUCUGUUUACAAAGACCCAGCAGACUGGUUGGAAAUCAACCCGACCAACGGCACCAUUCGCACGUCAGGUAUACUUGAUCGCGAAUCCCCGUUUGUCUCCAACAACGUGUACACGGCAUACUUCUUGGCGAUUGACAGUGGUAGCCCUCCGGCGACGGGGACAGGGACGCUGCAAAUCAUACUGGAAGACGUCAACGACAACCCGCCCUCCCUCCAUCAAACGGUCUUAAGCGUCUGCGAAGACAUGAAAGACGUGAAGGUCAUCCUGGGCGCCUUAGAUAAGGAUAUCCGCCCUAAUACAGACCCAUUCAAGUUCGAGCUGGGCAAACAGUCGGGUCAAGAUAAAGCAUGGAAAAUCACCAGAAUCAACAAUACUCACGCCCAAAUCACCCUGCCUCCAAACCUGAAGAAAGCCAACUACAACAUCCCCAUUUUGGUGACAGAUUCUGGGAAACCUCCUCUAACUAACAGUACGGAACUGAAAAUCCAGGUGUGCUCAUGCACGAAAUACAAAUUCGACUGCAGCGCAUCAUCCACCCUCCACGCCAGCAUGGUCCUAGCCUUCGUUUCGCUCUUCAGUUUAUUUCGCCUGUAACGCCUGCUGACCCCUGAAGCUGGCCUCGCGCGCUGCCUCGGUGACAAGCGAAGGAUCUCCAUCCCGAUCGGAAGGUCACCUCUGACUGUUACGAUUCCUCCCCUCCUCAGCCUCCGUCGCUCCGGAUUUGGCACUUUGCAACCUCACUCCAUCCUUCCUUCCAGCUGCACGAUUGUAUCUGACGAAACCUCCAGCCUGGCUCCGGCUCGACCGACGGAUUCCUUCACGCAAGACCAGCGGUUGGUAUGAGAUCGCAUGCCGAGUGGUUGAAAAAUCAAACGACAACGACAACCGCAAAAUAAAGACGUUAACCAAGAGACCACGGCAGCGAAUGCCUGACCUUCUGGGAGCAGGGUCGCCAAAUGACUCCAUUUCCCUUCCUCUCUGUUGACUUGUUGCUAUUCAACUGUUUAAAAAAAAUUGUCUGUGGGUUAGUAUUUGUAUAUGUAUGAGUGUAUGUAUAUGUAUAUAUAUUUAUAUAGAGAGAAGAGAUAUACAAUAGGGUUAGCUUUUGUAUGGCAUUCACCGUAGGCUUGUGGUCAGUGGGGCAGAGAAUAGCACAGGGGCGGGAUGAUGACCGAUACCAGUAAGGCCAACACUAACCGCAUACGCUGCGUAUACAAUGGUUUAACCCAAAGGAGAGAGCGUAAGAGAGAGAGAGAGAGUCAACAAUGGCCACAUUCGUGGCAUCCCUUUCUUUGUUUUUAUAUGAAGAGAAAGCCUUCUUUGAGCAUCAUGUACAACUGAUUCAUCUGCCUUCCCUUUCACAUAGAAGACUUGCUUAUAGUUUCAGUAGCCAGCCUGGUGUCGUGGUUUGAGCAUUGGGAUGCAACUCUGGAAGACUGGGUUCGGAUGCCCGUUUGGCUAUGGAAACCAUGGGAAAGCCACACUUUCUCAGCCUCAGAAAACCCCGUGAUAGAGUCACCUUAGGGCUGCCCCAAGUUCGACAUGCCUUGAAGGCACCCAACAAUAACGACAGAAGGACUUCUGCACAGGAUGGAAGCAUAGCAAAUGGAACCAUAGUGCUGUUGCCUGUGUAAUAGCAUUCGAGCUGCCGUGGGUUUUAAGCCUACUCUCAAAAACCUGACACACCUGAGAAAGGUAAAAUCAAACCCCUAAGGAAUGGCCAAUCCGUCUCUUCUCUUAUAUCCAGAAAGAACAUCUCUUUAAGAAUACCUACGUCCUCUAGUGCAGCUCUGUGAUCAACUUCCAUAGAAUUGCACUGGAAGACAUAGACAUUCCUGGAGAGAUGUUCUCUCCAAUCAAUUUAUGGCAGAAGUCGCACUAGAGAUUUUUAGAGAGACCAUAUUGUAUUGACUCGAGUCUAAUGCGCCACCGAAUCUAAUGCACACCUCAAUUUCCAAAACCCUAAAGCCCACCUAUUACGCAAAUCUAAUGCGCACUAGAGUUGUGCGUGGAUCCGUUUUCCUUCGUUACAUCCGUUCUUUCGUUACCUUCAGGAAGCUGCGUCCCAAUACGAAAAUCCGUUCAACACAAAAGCAAGCCGAAGCCAAUCCUCACCUGCUUUUCAUGAGCAGUUUACUUCAUUGGAAAGAGAGAGUGUGUGUGUGGCAUGCAGGCCCAGAAAGUGCAUGCGCCUGCUGCAGCGGAGUGCCUCCUCUAGAGUAAGAAACAGAACUUGCCUCCUUGUCUUGGAGACUGUACGUGUGGCAUCCAGGCCCAGAAAGUGUGUGCGCCUGUCUGAGGACAAGUGCUCUCCUCUAGAGUAGAGGACCAGAUAAGAAACCUCCUUAUAGUGUUCACCUGCCUGCAGCUGAGCACCUCCUCUAGAGUAAGAAAAAGGAUCUUUCAGCAGCCUAGAGCGAAACAGAAAUCCGCCCUCCCAAUUUCGGGAGACUCCCAAAACAUGGAUCGGGGGCCCCGCUAAAAGCCAGACACAAAACAGUUCAAGGUUUACCCGGAUUGCACAAGCCUAAUGCCCAUCCUAAUUUUGGAAAGGUAAUUUAGCCAAAAAAGGUGAGCAUUAGAAUCGAGUAAAUACGAUAAACAAAUCCAAAAUUGAAACCCACAGAUAUGGAGAUCUGAGUAUGGUUGAUUAAAGGCAGUUGUGUCAAAAUAUAAGAAUAAGAAUCAUAUCAUUACACUUUGACACAGACUCCCAUCAUCCCCAAGAAUCAAGGGAUGAUGAGCGAUUGUGUUCAAAAACACUUGUAGAAUCACAUGUUUUCCAUCUCUUUAUGCAUAAACGUACUAUAUCACUACUCAAACUUCUAGUCAUAAUUUAUGAUGGAAAUUAUUCUGGUACCCAGUUCCUUCAUGGUUUUGGAGAACUGACAGAUGUCACUCAAACUCACCAUUAUUUAAAAAUUUCCCAUAAAUCUCCCCAGUCACUGAAUUCAUAAUUAUGAACAAGUUCUCUCUCGACCCCUAUGAAGGCUAGCUCUCAUUAUACGACGACGCUUGGACCCACCUAGGCAAAAAAUAAUAAUAAUAAUGUUGUUAUAUAAAUAUAUACAUAUAUAAUUUGUUUUGAAGCUAGUAUAUACACAUACAUACACACACAGGUACACACACAGUUCAAAAUGAAAACUAACACAAGAGCUCUCCUUUUUUUUCUUUUUCCUUUUUUUUGUGCAAGGAAAACCACACUUGUUUGCAAAAAAAACAAACCCAUAGGAAUCAAGGGUGUUCAAUCAUGGUGUAUGAAUAUGAAUCCAUUUUUUUAAUUAAAGGGAAAGAAAACUAUAUUAUUCAGUGAGCAUGUAAGGUAAACAGAAAACUCUUUUAACUGUAUCAUCGAGACGACCAUCCUGUUAAUAAAUUGUAAAUGAUCCACGAAGCUCACACCAAAUUGUUUUUAUAAUAAAAGGGGGGCGGGGAAUGGGUGGGGGAGAUAAUUAGCAAAAAAAAUAAAUACAAUACAAGAGAGAGAAGUAUUAAGGAACAGAACUGUGGCUUUUAAUAGAACCAGGGCAGUAACUACUAGGGGGUAAGGUAAGUGUCAUAGACUCUUUUAAUAAAGUUGCUUAUUUAAAGUUUGAAUCGCAGAGCUUUCUUAUGCAAUAGAAUGUCGCAUCGUUCUGUAUAUCACGGGUUGGAUUUGGGUUGGGACAGAACCCACACCUCCUACUGUAUGUUUUCCGGCACUUCUUUCUAUGUCAUACGAUCUCUGUUCUGACAAGAGCUUUCUUUUUUUUUCCCCUUCCAAGUCAUUAAAUAAAUCCAACCGUACCUUUA